GAUGAACUUUUAUUAUUGAAUCUUGACAACCAGAAUAUUAUUUUUAUAUAUAUAUAUGAACAGCUCAUCAUCAUUAUACAAAAUGGAUAUAUUGCCAAGUGGUCAUUUUUUCAAAGAAUUACAAGCCAUACAUGAUACAGGCUUUUUACCGGCACAUUUAUCAUUGGAAGAUAAAUGGGAACAGACUAUGCUCGAAUUGGAACGAUAUCUAAAAGAUGAACCAAAAUCAUUAUUGUCACAGACGAAGACGACGACGACGACGGUAAUAACAACGACAACAACAACAACAACAAAACCGUCAAUGGUACCAUUAUGA